ACUCUAGUGAAAAAAAAAAUGUCAGAUCUGCCGCCGGAAAAAACGAACAUGGAGCUAUCAUCAUCGUCUUCCAUGCCGGGGCCUUCUUCCUCUCUACACCAUUCCUACAGUCGGAAACAGAAAUCUCUGGGCCUUCUUUGUACCAAUUUCUUAGCUCUGUACAAUCGACAUGGAAUUGAAACGAUUGGGCUUGAUGACGCCUCCUCAAAAUUAGGAGUUGAGAGACGGAGAAUCUAUGAUAUCGUUAAUGUUCUCGAGAGUGUUGGCGUUUUAACAAGAAGAGCUAAGAAUCAGUAUACAUGGAAAGGAUUUGCCGCAAUUCCAGCGGCGUUAAAGGAGCUCCAAGAAGAAGGUGCUAAAGACACUUUUCACCGGUUUUAUAUCAACGAGAAUGUCAAAGGAUCUGAUGAUGAGGAUGAUGAGGAAGAGUCGUCUUCUCAGCCUCUUUCUAGUAGUCAGACUGAUACCUCAAAGCCAUCUCUUCCCGAUUCCUCCAAAAUAGAUAAUCGUCGAGAGAAAUCUUUAGGACUUCUUACUCAGAAUUUCAUCAAGCUCUUUAUUUGCUCUCAAGCUACAAUCAUCUCCCUCGACGAGGCUGCAAAGUUACUGCUUGGAGAUGCCCACAAUACAUCUAUAAUGAGAACCAAAGUGAGGCGACUUUAUGACAUUGCAAAUGUCUUGUCAUCAAUGAAUCUCAUUGAGAAGACUCACACCUUAGAUUCUAGAAAACCAGCUUUCAAAUGGUUAGGAUACAAUGGUGAGCCUACUUUCACUCUGAGCAGCGAUUUGAUGAUGCAAGCCGAAUCAAAGAAACGAGUUUUCGGAACUGAUCUUUCAAACGUCAGCGUCAAGAGAAGCAAAACCCAUGAGAGUGCUACAGAGAGGAGUCUGAAGAUGAAACACCAUGCUAUAGCGGAGAGUUCUUAUAACAGAAUCUUUGACGCUCACGAAUCAAGACAUGGAUCAAGAGGUUAUGAGUUUGGUCCUUUUGCACCAGCCACUGGUACAUAUCCAACUGCUCCUCUGGAGGACAGCUCAAAGAGAGCUUUUGAUGUGGAGAAUCUGGUUUCCGAUUACCGUCCCUCGUACCAAAACCAAGUUUUGAAAGACCUCUUUGGACAUUACAUGGACGCGUGGAAGUCAUGGUACAGCGAAGUCACCCAGAAGAAUCCAUCACAACACCAUUAGAUUUACAGCUACUCUUCUUCAUCUUCUUUUACCUGUGAACCAUUUUAUUUUGGUCUAUAACUUAAAUGUUUGUCUACAAAAUUCCCCUAUUUUAAU